CAGAUCCACAAAAGGCCUCCAAUCAUUGAGAGCUGUGGGCAGGAACAGACAUCUGGGGAUGGACGGGACAUCAAUCCAGAGCCUCUCAGCCAGUCUGGAAGGGUGACUCGGCUGAUGGAGAGAAAUUAUGAUGGGGUCAUCUCAUCCUCCAACUCUGAUGACAUCUCUAUCUACUCCUUCACUGACUGUGAAUCUGAGUCUGAUGAUGAGGAUCAUGAAAGGAGGACACCACCGCUGAUAGUGAAGGAUGAGGAGGAUGGAAAGGUGACAAAGUUUGAAGUGAGGGAUAUGGUAGAGGACGACAAUCUGUCUCUCCACUCCUUGGAUGAAUCAGACUUUCUGUGUGAUAAUGGCAAUGAUGUCUCUGCUGAGGACAGUCCUGGGCCUUCAAAGGAACCACAGAGAAAAGGGGCUUCACUGAAGGACCCUCGACUGAUUAUUGUGGCCAAGCCCAACAUCCUUCUCCCUGCCUCUGUGAGUGCCCUGAAGAAGGCAUCACGCCUGACGGAGUUGGUCCCUACUGUCCGGCCCUGCAAGGAGCAGCAGGACAAGAAGACACAGUGGACCAACACCAACAAGGAGAGCCUGAGGAGGAUUAAAAAAAAACUGGCCUCCAUAGAGCUCGACCUGGAGGAAGGCCUGAAGAAGGUCAAUGACGGUCAGGACGUCAACCAAGAGAGGCAGAAGAAUGAGGGAUGCUUCAGAGCCUGGAUUGAGAAGUGGAUGGGGAGGAGGAAGGAGGAAAGACUGAGGGAUGAAGAUGUGAAUAGGGAAGACAAAGGGAGGAUGGGCGAAGAGGUGAGGGCACUGAUCCAAGUGAUGAAGAGAAACUGCAGUGAACGUGAUCUUGAGGCAGUAAACCUGGACACUUGGCUGAAUGACUUGGAAAGGUUGAAAGUGGCCUUCAAGAAAUGCACUGGAGAGAUGGCCAAAAUGAGCCCAGGGAAAGUCUCUGGUCCUGUGUCUGGCCUCUCUCCUCUUGUGACCUCAGGACCCCGGACCCUGGCUGAAGCCCUACGGGCCCUGCCCUCUGCUGUGGCCCGUCCCUCCCAAAAGGAUGUCCCAAAGCCUCCGACACCUCCAAGCCCCGUCUCUGUCAUUGUUGCUUUGCCUGCUGUGGAGUACUUACCAUACCACCGCAGCCCUCGCCUGGCCCCAAUCACCAACCUGAGUGAGAACGGCAGGAAGCUGCUCCAGAAAAUGUCAGGAGUGACCCCACAGGAAGGGAAGGUCAAAAGGAAAAAGAGCAAGGGAAAAAAGCAAGUGAAGAAAGAGAAGGCCAGCAAGAUGCAGCAGGUGGAAAAUGUUGGAGAAAGUAAGGAGGACAAGAAAGAGGAAAAGAAGAGUCUGAGGAAGAGGUUUCUCCAGUGGCUGCUGCCCAAACUGAGAUGUUCGAAGAAAUAAUGGCCAACUACUACUACAACCAACCAACACACAC